GGAAAUUAAGAAAAUUGCUGUAAAAAGCCACCACCAAAUCUAUUCGACACAUUAUGAAAUCAAAUAAUUUAAAUUCAGCGGAGGAUUCAACGAAAGCGUCGCAUAGUAAAUCAUGCAAAAAGUCCACCAAAUCGCGUACGAAAUCUUCGAAAAGUGAGUCAACUAGUGGUAGUAAUGCAAAAGGUUCUUCGGCCAUCAAUAAUCAAAAAAACCUUUUGCCCAAUGCAACUACACCCACUACGCCUACGAGUAAUUUAUGCAAUUUAUUUGAUUUUCCCUUGAACGCGAUUACAAAUAGCGGUAGUGGGGCAAAUACUGCUGAUACCAGUAACAUUUCAAGGAAUCACUUCAAAAGUUAUGCUGGUCUGGAAGGGCGCUCAGUGAAAAUUAUUUGGGAGCAAUAUGAUCAAAGUGAUUUGGAACUUUCUGCGGAAGUGAGUGCGCAAAUCGCGGAGGAUGUCUCAUAUAAGUUAUGGGAAUUAGUGAAUAAUAUAAAAACAUAUACGCGGCAUUCGGGUGGCCAAGUUACGUAUGAUUUGGUAAAUGAGGUAUUGGCCACCGCAGACGCCCCUCCUGCAUUGGGUGCACUCGAUACCGAAUGGGAUCGCAUUGACUAUGACGACAGCUACUUUUUUUACUCGGAUAGAAUUAUUGAGCUGCGUGAGGAGUAUCAAAAAGAAGUGACUAUAGUUUCAGAUGACCCUGAUUACGCAUGUACUUGCCCAAUUGAUGAAAAGCAAAUUGAGCUUAUCAAAAAAUGUAUACCAAGUUUAAUCAAAGUUGUUCUGUAUGGUGAUGCGAAUAAGAUGGAUAAAGCCCUCUCUUGCGCCGUGUCCUCUCCUUUUUUCGGUUCUUGCUACCGUAUUAUCCUAUCUAAACUCGUACAAAUUCUGGCUUCUAAACAAAAUGAAGAUAUUUGCUUGCGUGGAUGGCGCCUACUUCGAACUUGUGCAUUUAAUUCAAAUGCACGUUUGCAAAACGUUCGUAUGGAAUUCUUUCAUUUAUCGGAGAUACUUAUCUCGCAGCUGCUCGCACCAUACGAA